AGUCACUUAUUGCGUUUAGGAUUUGUUUUUGCACAGGAUGAAACUGCCAUAUAUAACAGUCGCCAUAUUGGCGACUAGUCUGUUAGUCGGAGGAAUCCUUGCCGAUGAAAAAAUAAUUAGAAAACGAACAAGACGAAGUAAUCGAGUUGCCAGACAAACCAGCGCAGAUCAGAUGGUGCAAAACAUCCUGAAGUGGCUACAGGGAGUCUAUACGCAGCAAAGCCGAAGAAUUCGCCAGGGCACCCUCAGGGAAUACCUACCGCCCACGAAUACCCAGAAACCCAGGCCAUUCGAAACAGCUAGACCUCCAGGAAAUGACCAAAACGGAAAUUACAUCUACGGCGGUUAUCCACCUGCAGGAAGCAUAACACCUCAGCCCCCGUUCCCAAUUUUCACCCGACCUCCUUCUGGAGGUGUGCCCGGGGAAGGUUAUCCAUCGACUGUUGGGUAUCCCCAUACAACUUUCCCAGGCCAGGGUACGCCGGCUAGACCAUCCGGAUAUCCUACAGAAACUGCCGGUACCUCAGGACCAGAAAGUUAUCCAACUCCAGGUUUUCCAACGCACGCCCCAGAUGGUCCAACUCCAGGGGAAUAUCCAGGUGGCCACACCGCUCCAGGAGGAUUCACAGGCUAUCCAGAUGGUCAACCUACUCCUGGGGGAACCACAGGACACCCAGGUGGAGAAACUACUCCAGGUUUUACAGGCUAUCCAGGGGCUCACACCACUCCAGGAGGCGUCACUGGUUCACCAGGCACCCAGACGACUCCAGGCGGUUUUACAGGAUAUCCAGGUGGUCCAAGCACUCCAGGAGGCUUUACAGGGCCUCCAGAUAGCCACACAACUCCAGGAGGAUUUACAGGCUAUCCAGGUGGUCAAACGACUCCAGGGGGAUUUACAGGCUAUCCAGGUAGUCAAACGACUCCAGGGGGAUUUACAGGCUAUCCUGGUGGUCAAACGACUCCAGGAGGCUUCACAGGCCCUCCAGGUGGUCAACCGACUCCAGGUGACUUUACAGGCACUCCAGGUGGUCAAACGACUCCAGGAGACAUCACAGGCUAUCCAGGUAGUCAAACGACGCCAGGGGGCUUUACAGGCUUACCAGAUGGUCAAACGACUCCAGCUGUUCCAACAGAAGCCUCUACUCAACCACCCAUUACAUCUGCACCGCCUGAGAAACCAGGAUUUCCCACACGACCACCGCCAGCCUUUACAGGAUAUCCAGAAGGACCUGGUUUGUCUACUCAGCCUCCACCCGAGUUAACCUCGGCACUGCCAGGAUUCCCUACCCAACCCCCUCCAGGAGCUUUUACUGGAUACCCCACUCGACUGCCCGAUGUCACGGAUGCAACUACUCAACCAGAACUGACAAGAAUACCUACGCAAGCACCUGAAGCCACAGUUCCUCCUCAACAACCAGAAGCUACAGAAUCAGCUUCAGAAAAACCGGAAGGAACAGAAGCACCUUCUGAAAAAACAGAAGGCACAGAAGGUCCUGUACAACCAGAAGGCACAGAAGCUCCUGUGCAACCAGAAGGCCCAGAAGCGCCUACAUCUGGACGACCUGUAUUGUCAACUGAGCCAUCUGUAGUAGAAACGGAAUCUCCUACAAGUAAACCAUCUACAAGUCCUCCUCUAACAGAAACCUUCACAUCUGCCACGUCUCCUGAAGAACAGCCUCCUGCAGGAGAACCUACAACUCAGUCACCAGAAAUAAAUACCAUCCCCACAGGACGACCUGAGAAACCUGGUGAUACAGAACCAGUAGAAACCGAUAGUGAAGAUUUAAAACACCCUCCUCACAUUCACGCUAUUGACGUAGAAUGCGCAAAAGAUAUGAUGACGAUUAACCUUGAGUUUAACAGGGAAUUCAACGGCAUAAUCUAUUCUAAAGGUUACUACAACAUGCCUGAAUGUAGGUAUGUGAAAGAAAACUCUGGUCAAAAGAAAUAUACGUUUACGGUAAACCUGAACCAGUGCGGUACAGAAUUUAUUAAUGCUUUCGACACUCAAGGACAGUCUUAUCUUGAAAACGUGUUAGUACUUCAAAAUGAAGCAGGAGUUCAGGAAAUAUGGGACACAGUUCGCGCUGUGCGUUGUCUGUGGGAAGGAAAUUUAAAAGAGACCUUAAGCGUUGCACUUAGCGUAGGUAUGCUCAGUCAGGAACUCGUCACCUUCAGUGGAGACACAGCAGUGGCUAAACUAGACAUUUUAUUGGGUCGAGGAGCACUUGGUCAACCCGCUAAUGGUUUGGUGAAAAUCGGCGAGCCCAUGACGUUGGUAGUUUCGGUAUCUGGCGACCCUGGUUUUGAUCUUCAAGUCAAAGAUUGCAGAGCUACUGACUCUACGGGCGACAACACGAUACCGCUUACUGACGACGACGGUUGUGUACUGAAACCAAAAUUAUUUGGAGCUUUCCAAAAGACGCGUAGUACAGGAGAUACCGGGGCGUCCAUCAUUGCUUAUGCAUAUUUCAAUGCUUUUAAAUUCCCUGAUGUUAUGGACCUAAUGAUUGAAUGCAACAUUGAACUCUGUAAAACUGAUUGUGAUAUGUGCACAGAUCCUAACCAAAAACUGGAACCAGGUCGCCGUAGAAGACGUGACCUUUAUACUUACAAUGAAACUUUGCAUGAUGGAGUUACUAUGGGUAAACACUUGAGGAUAAUUUUGCCUGAGGAUCUUAAUCUUAACGACAGGACUGUUAUAGACCUGGGGAGAAAUGACGGCGUGUGCAUGUCUACCCAAAGCUUUGUAUUUUCAACAGCUCUUUUGAUCUCCUUAUUAACUGCCAGUUGCCUUUUCAGUGCUUAUAUGUGGUUGAAGACUCAACAACUUAAAUUCAUUAAAAAGUAGCGUUAUUUUAUUUUAGGUACCUAAAUUAUAACAGUCAUAUUCUUACACCACCAGU